AUGACGCAGAUUGACGUUAAGGACAAUGUGGACAUAAUGACUCCAUUCCUAAUUUUUCUUGGAGUCGGAUUUUUGUUUGGCCUCAUCCUUCUCUACAUACACGUAAAAGUUGUCAAAUCCAUGACCGCUGAAAGGCUUUCACAUAUUCCGAAAGCUAAGAAAGUGAAAGAAAAGAAAAAGAAGAAGAAGAAGAGAAAGUAG